UAUUUCAAAACCCAAUUCCAAUUUCCCACCAAAGCUUACCUAUCAUCUAUCACUUUUUGGCGCAAUCCGAGAAAACCUAAUCCUCGCCGACGUCAUGUCGCCGUCUCGCCGGACGGCGAACGGUUCUCGCUGUUCAUGCAUCCGCGGUGAAAUCGAUGGAAUCGCCGGCGACGAUUCCGGUGAGUCGUUUGACCUUACAACAUGCAUACAUUGCAACGGGUCCGAUUCGGUUAAACCCGAUCUCUCUUCCUCUUUCUCUUCGUCUUCUUCGUUUGGAUCAAAAUCGGAUGAUUCGGAGAAGCUUCGUAGAAUCAUCGUCGCUUCCGUCAAAGGAUUCUCCAUAGGUACCGGGAUUAAAGGUGGAUUAGCUAUUUUCUCAAUCGUAGCUCGUUUCGCUCGCCGUAGAUCUUCUUCUCAAUCAAGGAAAAUCGGUGAUUUCUCGAAUAGUGAAGCUAUUGCCAUGGGGAUUAAGGAGACAUUAAGAUAUGGAUUGUUCUUAGGAACUUUUGCUGGUACUUUUGUUUCCGUUGAUGAAGCUAUUUGUGCUUUGGCAGGACACCAAAGAACUGCAAAGUGGAGGGCCCUGUUUGCUGGUUUGGUGGCUGGUCCAUCGAUGCUUCUCACAGGGCCAAACACAACACACACGAGUUUGGCUGUUUACAUAUUGAUGCGUGCGGCGGUUCUCGCGUCGCGGUGCGGCAUCAAAAGCAAACGGUUUGGUUCCAUCUGCAAGCCGCUUACUUGGAAACACGGGGACUUGUUUCUCAUGUGUCUCUCUUCUUCACAGAUUUUGUCUGCUUACAUUUUAUCGCAAGAAAGCCUUCCUUCAUCGUACAAGUCUUUCCUUAACAAACAAGGUGGGAAGGAUCUUUCUAUAUUACAAGGCGUAAAAGAUAUCGCAAGCGCCAAACCAUUCACCAAUUUAAGAGCAAUUGAGAAAUAUUACAAGUCUGUUGGAGUUGAUAUCAAACUAGAUCCUAACAUGAAAGUCCCCUGUUCGAUAAUACAUGGGAAAGAGUCGUGUACUAAGCAUGGUAUUACAUUUUUCCUUCAAGCUUACAAGAGGGCUCUACCUGUCUAUGUCCCUGUCUACUUGAUUCCAGCGUUAAUAGUCCAUCGUCAAGACCUGCUAAAAAAGCAAUACUCUAUACUUGGCAAGGGUCUUCUAGGCACGGCGAGAUCAAGUUUGUUUCUCUCUACGUACUGCACUUCUGCCUGGGUUUGGACUUGCCUACUUUUCCGGACUUUUGAGACAUGCAACAUACCGCUAGUGGCUAUAGCAACGUUCCCAACAGGUCUGGCUUUAGCAAUUGAAAAGAAAAGCAGAAGGAUAGAGAUAUCACUCUACUGCUUAGCGAGGGCAAUAGAGAGCUUCUUCACUUGCAUGACAGAUGCAGGAUACAUUCGACCGCCCAAGAGUCUGAGAAGAGCAGAUGUGGUUGUGUUCAGCGUUUCUACAGCCAUUAUAAUGCACUGUUACGCGCAGGAAAGAGAGGUAUUUCGAUCGAAAUAUUUGAACGUCCUGGAUUGGGUUUUUGGUGUUCCUCCUCCUCCUCUUACUCCUUGUGAAACAGCCUAAGCCUUUUAUUUUCUAAUUUUCGACCUCAGAAGGGUAAAAUAAAGCAUUAGUUAUAUGGAAGUUUGAGAAGUUUGUCAACUUUUAACCAAAGAUCUUUGAUUUGGAAUAGAAAUUGGUUGUAAAGUGUGCAUUAAGAGUCCCUAGGAGUUUUUUUUUUGGGUAUUUUUUGGGAUAUCAA